GGAAAUUCACAGGAUGCCUGUUCGGCUCAUCUGCGAUGGGUGGGUUCAAUGAUCUGAUGCUCCCACCACACGCGUUACCCCGGGACGACCGGGCGCGUGCCCCCAAGCCGGUCGAGCUUGGCGGCCAGCUGUACGAUGUCAUGGGGGUAAGCCUAGAGGGCGAGCUGGUGCUUCGUGAUCAGCGCGCUAUGCACCAGGAUGUGCGGAUUGAGCAUUUUGCCGGCCGCCCAGCAAUGUUCAAAGGUAUCCGCUAUCGCGUAGUAUCACUGAAGGCCACGACCGGACCUCUGGAUGCAACACUCGAGUUGAUUGAUCCGCGUAAUCCGUCGCGAGUUCUUACCAUCACCAGUGCUGAUACCAUGUGCGUACAGUUUCCUGGCACAAACGGUGAGCACAAGCUAGGCUUGGUAAAGCACGGCAUGAUGCGUAUGGCACCAGUUGCAUCGCGGGCCGAGGUGCGCAUGCCACUCUGGCCUGGCCAGUGUUUCGAAGCCCAUCUUUGUGACCAUGAACUUGAUGGGCCGUACACCAUCAAAGUGGGCGAUGGCGGCAGGCUUGUCGCGACGGGCGUAAAUCGGAACGGCAAUCAGCAGUGCAUCGCAAUCGAGCCGGCCGAGGUUGCGCCGCGCUACAGGACAGUAAUGUCACUGGACUUUGGCGCCAAUUUUGAUGUUGACGCAUUUUUGUUUCGCGAGGACCAGCUUCACAGCCAGGCGACUAUUGUCGGCCCGGAUCCGGGCUACGGGCAUCUCCAGGAUCCUCUGUUCGGUUGUCUGCCCUCUGGCACAUCACCGCGGCUGAGCAAUGGCGCCGAGCACCUUGCGGUGUACGAGAAGUUCAUCCGCGAUAAUAUCCAGCCCGAUGCGUAUAUGCGUAUUGCCGGGGCACCGCGCAAGCUGACCAUAUUCAACCUCUCAGUAUGCAACCAAGGCGAUGCCCGUGGUGUGCUUGAUGCCCUGGUCGGAUUCCGACUCCAGAACAUAGAUGCGGAGAUGUCAAUCGUCGCGUCCAAGCUUGGGCCAUCAGAGUUCCAGGAAACGCUAGAGUUCUGCGAGUACCUCAAGAUCCUCGCGGUCAAUGACAUCCAUAUCAAUAUGUUCACUGGCACCGAUUGUCCAACCCGCCAGGUAAUGCAUGCCAAGGGUAUCGUCAUCGACAGCAAGGUGUUGUUUAGCACCGCUGCCGUCAUGGACACACAGCCCAUAAAUAAGGCAGACUUUUCAAUCGAGCUUCCGCAGACUGCUGCUAGAAAGUUCCAGCUCUAUACAGAUGAGGUAAUAAAUGGCAAGGCAACCGACGAGCGCCGCGCAGAGCUCGCUGCCGAGCUAGCGAAGCUCGGAGUGGUGAUCAACGACCCAGUUACGAGGUUGACAUACAUCAGCCGCGCGCAGGACGCGUUAAUCCGCAGCGCCACUGACCAACUGAUUGUCAGUGUCUCCGAGCUGGUUGAUCCUGCGAUAACCCAAGCCCUGAUUGAUCGCGCCGCAAGUGGUGUCCAGGUGAUAAUUCAGGUUCGCGAGCUUGACCCUGUCUCCGCGCUGUUGCUGGCUGGCGCGAUGCUGCGUGGUUCCAACCUACUGGUAGAAAACUCGAGUUGGUGGGAGCCACGCCCACACUUUAACGCGAUCAUUGCUGAUGGGGGCUUUGCGUACCUUGGCACCUCAUACCUAUGGCCAACUCAGCGCAACAUGGUUCACCACAGCCGGUCGUUAGAGAACGGCGUGCUGCUCCAUGGUGAUGCUGCGGCGAGGGUCCUCGUCCAAAUUGAAGACCUCUGCGCCCAGGCACAUGGCUUCACAGCUAUUAGUCGCCCGAGAAAGCAGAAGGUUUCGGAUCCCCUCGUGCUCAACCGGUGUGGUCUGUCCCAGUCAGCGCUGGCUGCUGUGUAGCAAUGAACUCAGGCAGUGAAUUCCUUGUACUAGGACGCAGACUUGGAACUGGGUCGCAGAGCUUAGCUCAACUGGCGUAAGAGCUUUGAUGGAGUUGUACCAUGUCGGCAAUAUGUUGAGGUUAUCGCCCGAAAUACAAAUAUCUCGAAUUACUGCUGAAUGGACGAAUUGAUACAUACACAGAAACAGUGCGACUAAACAACAGGUUUAUAAUCCUCUCAACCUUUCCUACUAAUC